AUGGACGACAUCUUGCUUCCGAUUAUUUACGAGUAUUACAGCAGUUCCCAUGUCCAACACUACCCGUCGAGUUACGAUCACAGUCGGUAUAACGCGACGGCUCGCGGCGUGGAGACUCGUGGUCAACGAAUCGAUCCGAUAUCGCGAGAACAGCAACUCAUGUCUUAUCUUCCUCCGGAACAAUUGCCUCGAGUCUGGGAGUCGAUCUUGAUCGCGGUUCAACGGCCGGCAUUUCGACAGUUUCGUGAUAUCACGAUUCUGUUACAAGCGAAAAAUUUGAAAGUUUUGACCAAGGAUACGACGUGGGAGCGAAUGAUGACGCGAUUCUCCCAGUAUUGGUUCGCUUCUCGUGUGGCUUCAUCGAUACGCGUGCUCGAUACGCAAGCCGAAUUGGACGAUCAUCGAGACCACUCUGAGACUCUUCUCUGGAAGCGAUGUUGUUUGGAGAACUGGAAAUUAUGGAUCCAGCAGGGUCCGGCCCAAGAUUCGUUGUCACUUCGGGUUACGCGGCAGACGAGUCGACUCCGAGACGAGGACUUUCGCAUAUGGAUGGACGAUAUCUUGCUUCCGAUUAUUUACGAGUAUUACAGCAGUUCCCAUGUCCAACACUACCCGUCGAGCUACGAUCACAGUCGAUAUAACGCGACGGCUCGCGGCGUGGAGACUCGUGGUCAACGAAUCGAUCCGAUAUCGCGAGAACAGCAACUCAUGUCUUAUCUUCCUCCGGAACAAUUGCCUCGAGUCUGGGAGUCGAUCUUGAUCGCGGUUCAACGGCCGGCAUUUCGACAGUUUCGUGAUGUCACGAUUCUGUUACAAGCGAAAAAUUUGAAAGUUUUGACCAAGGAUACGACGUGGGAGCGAAUGAUGACGCGAUUCUCUCAGUAUUGGUUCGCUUCUCGUGUGGCUUCAUCGAUACGCGUGCUCGAUACGCAAGCCGAAUUGGACGAUCAUCGAGACCACUCUGAGACUCUUCUCUGGAAGCGAUAUUGUUUGGAGAAUUGGAAAUUAUGGAUCCAGCAGGGUCCGGCCCAAGAUUCGUUGUCACUUCGGGUUACGCGGUUUCGUCUUCGACCGCAACAUCAUCGACUCUUGACGUGCUCGUCCGGCGUUCACGCUCCCUACUACCGCUUCACGACGGCGACUCUGAUUCGCUGGCUUCGAUGGAACAUCAACAAGUUUUGUGUCGGGUUCGAAAUGGUGCAUAGCUUUCAAGAUGCCCAUUUCGUCACAUGGGAGCAUACGCGUAUAAUGCUCGCCUUUCUCCGAUGCCUUCAAUUCUCGUGUCCGAGCGGGCUGAUUCAGAAAGUGGGUGGAUGUUGGCACGACGUGCGAUUUCGACCGGACUCCCGACAGGCGGACGGUCUUCAACGGGUGGAGGGGUUGGGAUUUCGACGAACCAUGGAAGAAUUUGGCUAUGGGUGGUUUCUCGACAAAAUUGACUGGGUGACGUUGACCUUUCGACCCCCUCAUGCGGCUCAUAUGAUGUUCAACAACCCAUCGAUGCAGGCGGCGUAUCAUGCCCGCUACGGCCAAGUCCGCGACGUGCGCCUGGACUUUAUUCGGAUGGACCACGCUCGACAGUGGAUGAUCGAGUUCAGCGCGGUCUCGCCGUGCCUGGACGUGCUCGAAAAGUUUCUCCGCCAGCUCUGCUUAUAUGUGUUUCGAAAGGAUGUCUUUAGUCACAUCAAAUCGAUCCUUGAUCCGGAGAGCGCUCCGGCGGCAUUGGCCGGCGAGAUCCCGCUCUGUUAUGCCAGCGUCGAAAAGGCCCUCCAGAAGAAGUUCCGACCGCCCUCGCUCGCGCAUGGUCAUCGACUCGCGGUGAAGAGCAUUGAUGUUUUGUUUUCAUGGCUGUGGGAGUGGAAGGAUGGUCAAUUCGAACGUCAAGGAUGGGACGACAAGCCAUAUCGGAUGCUCUUUCGACAAAGCUAUUACGCCGUGACGACGGCUCGAGGUCAAGCUCGUGCUCGAACGUGGCGACAGGAGCUCAAAAAGUCAUUCAUUCGGAGUCACUGGAUGAUGCCAUAUCCUCAAAAGAACGGAUUUAUGCGGAAAGAUAAAGAUACCAAAGACUUUGUGUGGUGGCCGAGUUAUCAUGCCGGACUGCAUACAUACUACAGGCAAUUUUCAUCUCACACUCCUCUUCCGAACCCAUUACCGACAUCGUAUAUUAAGCAUCACCCCGGUGAGGGUUGGCGACUGGCCCCCCAAUCAUGGGACGGUAAGUACAUGCCUUAUGUGGUGCAACCGGAACAACGUCUUCUUCAUCUCUCCGAAAGCGAGCUCUAUCAGGAGCUGGUUCGUUUACGAGAGCAAUGGGUGGCGGAGGGGGAGAGGUCAUCAUCACGAAGCGACAUCGCGGUGAUGCCUAUUCUGGAAUUCAAUUGUCGAUCUCAGAAUUACAUCGGACCGAGGACGGAAUGGUGCUCUCGAAGGCGAGAAUGGGUGGUGAAACCAUUUGAGAAGUGUCGAACCGCUGGCGAAUGUAGUAUUUUUCUUCGUCAAGAGCUGGAAAAGUAUGAAAUCCUACAACAUCAGCGACAAGAUCGACGUCGAAGAAGAGGGAAGAAAAGACGAGAUUUUCACUCCGAUUCGGAGUCGGAUUUGUCUUCCCGGUCGGACGAUAUAACAUCGGACGAAGACAGUCUUGAAGCUCGACGACGACGACAAGGUCAAGUGGUGAAGCGAAUGGAAGCACGUAUGCGUGAAUUGAUGGAGCGAGAAGAAAAAGAAUGGGAAAAACGACGAGAAAGGUAUCGACCAGAAGAUACGGUGCGUUGGCGAAGGCCGGGUGAAUAUCUCGAGAAGGAGUUCAAUCAUCGACUCCGUCAGGUUAAAUAG